UUGAGGAAGGGAUUUUUCGCAGGGCUCGUCGUUUGACAGUGAUAUCUGUUUGAAGGAGCUAUGAAUUUUGAAUUCGAACGAGAGAUCGGUUUUAUUAACAGCCAACCGUCGCUAGCAGAGUGCCUGACGUCCUUCCCUACCGUCCUGGAGUCAUUUCAAACUUCAUCAAUCAAGGAGUCGACAGUAAUUCCGCCUCCCUUCGAGAACACCAUCCCCAGCCUCAGCCCUUGCACAGCCAACCAUCCAAGAUCAGCAUCAACGAACCAACGGAACCGGGGAACCUCUAAUAGCGAUGGCCCCCAGACGCACCACCGACUUACCCAGCAGGCUUGCCCGCCUGGCCAGGCCCCCGCCCCAAACGCAUCCUCUACCGCAGGACCGCUGGCUCAUGAAUUCCCCUGGAUGAAGGAGAAGAAGUCAUCUAAAAAAUGCAUCAAAACCGGCUGCAGUACUAGCAGUGCUGCUGGUUCCACCAUCCCGGCCGCUGCGUCAUCUCCGACGCCGACAGCCUCCGGGUACGCUUCGGCGGGCAUUGAGUCACCCACAGAUCCAAAUCAGGCGUGCCUGGACGCCGGAGGAGCGGGGUCCCGUCGGCUUCGCACCGCUUACACCAACACGCAGCUGCUGGAGCUGGAGAAGGAGUUUCAUUUUAACAAGUAUCUUUGCCGACCCAGAAGGGUAGAGAUUGCGGCGCUUUUGGAUUUGACCGAGCGGCAGGUUAAAGUUUGGUUCCAGAACCGGCGGAUGAAACACAAGCGGCAGACAACGCACCACCGAGAUGGUGGUGGCGAAGGUGGAGCAGGAUGCCAGGAAUCCGGCGAGCCGAGUUGUAUCGAGCCGCUCGAAGGCGCGGAUGCUUCAUCACCAUACUCAAGCCAGCCGCUCGAGGCAUCUGGCACCGGGGAGUUAUCGGAAGGCGAGGCGGGGAGCAGUAAUCCAUCUUCGGCCGCUGAUUCCGCCGCCCACGCCCAUGACAGCGGGGACAAUGCGCAUCCCACGCUCGAGGAGGGAGGCCUAUCGAGUUACCCGGACCUGCCAACUCUGUCGAAUGCUUCUGCUUCCUGUGAUUCUGCUGCCAAAUACCACUCCCCGGAGCCGUCUACUACUAAAAACUCGAGUGAUUGCACGAGCGAGACCAGCACAGUCGUAGUAUCUGAUCCACCUUUCUGCGAGCAGCCAAACUCGUCUAUCCCCUCCUCCUCCUCGGCCACCUCCGAGCUCCCUGACCUGACCUUCUUUGCCGGGGAGGUCUGCAUGUCACCCAGCCUUCAGAGUUCUCUGGACAGCCCGGUGGAUUUUUCGGAAGAGGACUUCGACUUGUUCACAAGCACACUGUGUACCAUGGACCUUCAGCAUCUCAACUUUUGAGUUUUAAUAAUAAUUAACAUAUUUUCCGAGGUCUCUCUGCAGAAAUAUUGUUGAGGAAAACACAACAAUAUUCCUGAAUGGAUUCAGAAAGAAAUUGCAGACUUCCAACCUAUAUUUUCAACCUUUUGCCACGCUGUUUUCGACACGGCACAUACUAUACGGAGCAUAUAGGCGAGGGAUGACGUUCCCGUUUUCUUUGUUUUAAUUCAUAAAUUACUAUUUUUCUCCUGUCCCCGCGUUUCAGGAAUGUGAACGAACAAUAAAAUAUUUCGUAGCUAUUAGAUUUUUUUUUUAAUCCGAAUUUCUCAGGAACUCACUGGACUGCUUUUUGAAAAUCCUAAUUAUUGAAAUGAAAUGGAGGGGAAAAAAACAUCUCUUGCUGUCACGGCAUCAGGAGUGAAGCCGUG